UAGAUCACAACAAAUAAUGAUGACGUUCUGUACAGCUACACAACUAAAGUGCUACUGACUGUGUGUUGUGUUAAAAUCUUUAAAUAAUGGGAAGAAAGAACAAAAAAGCUCCCAAAGCUAGUAGCUCUGCUACUAGUCAGCCUCAAGGAACAUCAAGUAACACCACGUUAAACACACCAGCUCCUGAGUUGUCCAAAAGUGCAAAGAGAGAUGCUGCAGAGUUGAUCACAAGUUUAUUAGAAAUUUGCUCCAAGCCUCCGGAGUCAGGGCCUAAAGAGUGGGAGGAUUAUCCUGAAAUUGUUGGCUUGGUUGAAAAGAUACGGACAAUACAAACAGUUUUAGCACCACCUGAGAAGAACAGAGCAGACUUAUUUCCUGGGUUUGUGAAGUGGUUAACUGAUCAUGGAGUAGACACAUCUUCUGUGGAGAUCUCAGAGUUUCCUCAAUUUGGAUAUGGUCUGAAGGCCACAAGAGACAUUAAGGAAAAUGACAAGUUUUUACAGAUACCAAGAAAAUUGAUGUUGACAGUGGAUUCAGCAAAAAAAUCAUCACUAGGUUCCCUCAUUGCUGAGGAUAAAAUUCUUCAAGUGAUGCCCAAUGUUACCCUGGCCCUCCAUCUGCUGAAUGAGAAGUUGAACCCAGAAUCUUUCUGGAAACCUUAUAUAGAUAUUCUCCCAUCCAAGUAUAGUCUACCACUGUAUUGGAGUUCUGAACAUCUGCAGUAUCUUAAAGGUUCACCAGUUCAAGGUGAUGCUAUUAAUCAGUACAGAAACAUAGCAAGACAGUACGCUUAUUUCUACAGGUUAUUACAGAAAAAUCCUGCUGCUAAUAAUUUAUUACUGAAAGACAAUUUUACUUAUGACAACUACAGAUGGGCUGUGGCUUCUGUGAUGACCAGGCAAAACCAGAUCCCAGGGAAGGACGGCUCCAGGGCUACACUGGGCCUGAUUCCAUUGUGGGAUAUGUGCAAUCACACCAAUGGCAUUUUUACAUCAGACUACAACUCAGAGCAGGAUGCUUGUGAAUGUUUCGCUCUCAGGAACUUCCCCAUAGACCAACAGGUCCUCAUCUUUUAUGGUCCAAGGUCCAAUGGGGAGUUUUUGGUCCACAACGGGUUUGUGUAUCCAGAAAAUGAACAUGACAGAUUGUGCCUGAAGUUGGGUAUCAGUAAAGGUGACUCACUGUUUGCUUUGAAAUCUGAGCUUCUUGCUAAACUCAAUCUUGCACCGUCUAGAUCAUUUUACCUCCACAAUGGAAAGUUCCCAGUAGAUGGAGAUCUGCUUGCCUUUCUCAGGGUCUUCUGUAUGGAAGAAGGUGUUCUAAAAGACCAGUACAGUGGAGAAACAGCCCCUGGCCCUGAUGAGCUGGAGAGUUUGAAGGAUGAAGACCAGCAAGUCAACAGUGAGAAUGAAGAAAAAGUUUGGACCUUCCUACAAACCAGAGCCAACCUUUUGCUUAAAGCUUACCCUGGCACUUUAGAAGAAGACGAAGCCACAUCUCAAAGCCUGGAAGGGCCUGAGGCUGCCAGGAUGUCUGCACAGCUCAAGUAUGGGGAGAGGCAGAUCCUGCUCAACACCAUUGAUUAUGCUGAGAAGAAGAAAGGGAUGGUCAAACCCACAUAAAGCUCCCCUGGCUGGAGGGGGGUGGGGGUGCUGUCAUGACCCCCUCCCCAGCUGUGAGAGUCCUUGUGAGCCCACCCUGGCUGUGGAACAAUUGUUAACUGCCUUGUUCUUUUAACUCGCAACAUUUUAAUUGAAGAUUUUUAAACUGGCAGUGCUGUCUGCUAGAGAUAGGUCAAAGGUCAAGAAUCUCCUCAAGUAAUUUGUGCUAUUUGAACACCAGUUUAGGAGUGAUGUACUGCAACAAGAGGAACCAGAAAAUACAACAUCAUGUGAUAGAACGUUGUUUCAUUUAUUGUACAGUGACAAGCACCCUCCUAACUAUAGGGCAGUUUAACUGUGUGCUGUGCUUGAUUUCAUGCUGUAACUGUAACUGGUUGUUUGCUUGAUUUCAUGCUGUAACUGGUUGUUUGCUUGAUUUCAUGCUGUAACUGGUUGUUUGCUUGAUUUCAUGCUGUAACUGGUUGUUUGCUUGAUUUCAUGCUGUAACUGGUUGUUUGCUUGAUUUCAUGCUGUAACUGGUUGUUUGCUUGAUUUCAUGCUGUAACUGGUUGUUUGUUUGAUUUCAUCUAAUUUCUAAGCUCUAUGGUAUUUCCUCUGCUAACAAUAAAGUUUUUAAUGCUUAUCUAUA